CGAACUCUGGAAGGUGGCGGCCAGCCUCGGGCUAGCACGCUGUCAGCUUAUGUAAUUUACCGUUUACCAUUCCGCUUGCUGCUGCCAAUAUUCUGUCCACGCCUCCCUUCUCGUGAGUCCCUCAUCAUGUCCUCCCGCAUUCUCCGCUGUAUGCGGAUGUCUGCUAUUAUCCGCGAUCGUUCAAUACACCCAUUGGACUACUGGACACGGUCAAAUAGCCAAAAUUUAGGGAGUCCCAGCUUGCGGAGAUGGCUACACGGCUCGCAGAUACAGCGUCAUGGGAAUGUGACCAGACCAGAUCCCGGCACUGGAAUUAAAUUGCAUUUCAAAGAUUCGAAGGGUAAUUUGUUGAAGACCAUCGAAGCGAACGAGGGAGAUGACAUCCUAUCACUUGCGCAUGAGCACGACAUUGACCUAGAAGGCGCAUGUGAAGGGUCAGUUGCCUGUUCGACAUGUCAUGUUAUUCUCUCGCCCGAGCAUUAUGAUCUGCUCCCCGAGCCAUCUGAUGAUGAAAAUGACAUGCUUGACAUGGCGUUCGGUUUAACUGACACGAGUCGACUUGGGUGUCAGGUGCAAAUAACUCGCGAGCUUGACGAAAUGACAGCGACACUGCCCAGUGCUACACGGAACAUGUUUGUAGACGGGAAAAAGCCCACGCACCACUGAUAACAUGCUUUACGUAUAUCAAAAAAUCACACUGUGCUGACAAGAGAUCCGUGCUUUAUGGUCUGAAUCAAACGAUUAAGAUACCGGUGCCCUCGGGCAGUGCCCACAUGUGUACUGUCGUUCUAUUAUUGCCACUUGUCGGAAUUAUUAUAAUUAGUCUUGGCUAAAUUUAUUAUUCUGCUAAUCGCCAUUU